CUCUCCAACCAAGCGGCUCCGUUGCUAAGGAGCGCACCUGCUGGUUGCCUGGUUACCGACAGACCGUUAGUGGCACGAGGAGAGCGGCUCCUCAUUCACUGUACUGAGUUAAAUCAUUUCAAUAACGAAGUUAGCGUUAAAUUUAUAACGCUAACUUCUUUAAAACCUGGAAGAAACACCACGGAGACAUGGCGAACGCUCACCGGACAAACGCGCUGGUCACGUCCUGCCUGAAAACGCCGGUAGACCCGCACACCAAGGCUCCGCUAGCUUCAUACGAGCGGGAGAGAGUCCUGCCGUACACGGCGACAGGUCAUCUGGACAACCGGGACUACGAGAAGGAGCUGGAAUAUGAGGACUCGGGCUCUGAUUUCUGUGAUGAGGACUGCCUGCGGAGGGGCGGCCCUCUCAUGAUGAAGGACUACAGAGCAGCAGGAGACCGCCUGGACCUGAGUGAAAUCUUUUUCUCCAACGAGGAAUACUACAGCAAGCUGGAGGAACUGAAGAAGGCUCACCUGCGCACCAUGGCCGAGCUGGAGAGCAUGUACCGCCGGAACCUGCAGCUCAAGACCAUGGAGCCUCUGGACACGCUGACGCUGGACGCAGGACACAGGCUUCCGUGGGUAAACACCAGCCAAGCAGCUUCACGUCGUUUGAGGAAGUCUCACUCUGCUUUUGAGCUCAGGAGAGGUUCUAGACAGUCAGACUCAUCAGACGAUGAGAAAGCUACCAGUAACGAUGUGGAGAAAGGCCUGCUUUUCUCUCCUAAAGAACACAUCAAGAACAUGUGGCGGGACUUCAAGCUGUCCCCUCACACACAUCACCACCUGUCAUCCUCCUCGCUGCCGGCGGACCAGAGGAGACCACAAAAGAGAAAAGAAAAGAAGAAGCAGGGGCAUAAAGGCGGCGAGCAGGAGUCUUGGAGACACAGAAUGACCGUCCCGAAACCUUUCCAGAUGAUGCUGCGUGAGGACGAGAGACGAAAGCGCGGCAUUAAGACGCGCUCGGAGAUCGAACUGGAGAACGCGGAGCUGAGACGGCAGCUGGAGGAAUUGACGGAGUGCCAGAUGAAGUUCCGCGCCAGUCCCGUACCGGCGCACGUUCACCUCCCUCUUUACGAAGAGCUGCAGGAGCGGAACGAGGAACGGCGGCGAUCCUUGAGAGAGCGAGAAGAUCAGAACCUCCGAACUGUCAACAAGCCCUUCAGCUUCCUGGAGAGGGAGCGACUAAAGAAGGAGCAGAGACAGCUGCGCAACCAGCAGCCCUCCACCCAGGAGAAGAUCAAACCAUUCAAGGCCAAACCUGUUCCCAAGUCAGUGUAUGCAGCAGCAUCUGGGGAGCAGAUGAGGGAGGAGCAGCUGUAUCGCUCUAUCAAGACACAAAUGAGAGCUCAGGAGAUGCUCCAAAGCGCUUCGGUGCCUCCCAGCAUGCUCGCACGACGACUCAACGAACGCAAGAAGACCAAAGAAACCGGAGGGGACGACUUCUCCCACAGGCCAAAGAUAAACAACGAGGUACCGGACUUCGACGCUAGUUACAGACGCUUCCAGAAGCACCUGGAAAAGAGAAAAGAAGUUAAACCUACAACUGCGUGCGAACCCUUCGAACUGAGAACGUCGCACAUCCCCUCACACCGAGAACGCAUCCUCGCCGACAUCGAGAAGGAGCACAGCAGCCCUCGCACGCUGCGCUGGCCGUACGUCAGCCCCGGGACGGCUCGGACGCCGAACUCGAGCCUCUGUUCGUCUCUGUCGGGCAGCCUGGAGCUCCUGCCUGCCAAAGUCACAGAUGCCACCAAAAAGCGCCACGAGGCUGUGAGAAAGGCGCUGGAGCAGAGGAAGAAGGCCGAGGAGGAGGAGGAGCAGUGGAAGGAGAGACAGAAGCAGAGGGAGAAGAAGCUGCAGAGGGUGGUGCUGAAGCGUGCCCAGGCCAACGACCCCCAUCUGGCUCUCUCUCAGACCCAACAGACCAAACUCAAAGAAUUCAGGAAACAAGACCGUCAGCGCAGGAAGGAGUACCAGCAGGAGAUUAAAGAGAUACAGGAGAGAGUGAAGGGGAGGCCGCUGCUGUUGGAGCAGGUUGCACAGAGGAAUGCUAAACAGUUAGCAGAGAAGCGCUACACAGACGCCCUGCACGGAUGUGACCUGACCGAGGAGUUUAUCAGCAGCAAGGCGGCGAGAGCAGGAUCUGCACGCCGAGCGUCCCCGUCCAGUGACGGCAGGCCAAGCGAGCAAGACGAGCCAGACAUGGGGUCUGAACCCGUCCACUACAGGAAGGUAUUUCUGGACGAUGAAGACAUGGAAGUGGAUCCAGACAAGAGCGAGGAGGAGGAGGAGGACAGAGAGGACGCCGGCAGUCACCGCUCAGACGAGGAUUACCGCCGAGACGAUGAUCACCACUACUCGGACGACAGCUUCCAUUACUCGGACGACCACGAGCAAUACUCGGACGACAGCGAGCGCGACGUCGACUCUAGACAGCAGGAAGCAGGAGAGUGAUGUCAUCGAACGUCACCAUAGGAGACGCCGCCAACGCAUCGCAAAACCUCAAAAACUCUGAUGGAGAAAAGUGAACAACAAGCGAGACGAAACAACGAAGAAGAAUCUAUUUAUUGUAAAUAUUGUGCACAUAAAUAUAAAAUGUAAGAAUGGAAAUGAAACAUUUUACUCGUUAGUGGGAAAUAAAUACACAUACAUACACUUAUUAAUCAUCAUCUGUACAUCACAUACGUUUCAAACUCUCAGGAAGUUCUACGGUACGUGUGAUGUCAGGUGUCACAGCUCAGACAUGCUGAAUAUAUUGAAUGUUUGAGAUCAUUUCAGUAUUUACAGUUUCCACCUGCUAGCAAUACGUUUAUUAUUAUUUAAGUUUAUUUCUCAGCUGUAAAAUAUCCUGAUCAGGACACAUCUGGUCACAAUUAUUUAUUUAAUAUGAAUUAUUAAUUUGUAUUAAUCUAUUUAAAAUUCAGUUAAUUCCUAAAUUAAUGUCAAAAUAAUAAUAAUAAGUUUGAUUAUGUUAAAAAAGAAGUCUACCAGCUGAUUUAUUGUUAUCAGUAUUGUAUUUUUUUUUAAUCUUUUGAUUCAUAAUCAACUGGACUGUAGCUGAAACUUUACAGGUUAAUGUUUCGGUUUGUUGACGCUGUUGUUUGUUUUGUACGUUCAAAUGUAAACAAAGUGACUGAGGAAGAAGUAAAGACGCUCAAGAUGAAUCCAAUUAAAAGUUUAAAGCCUUUUACACGCACUGAUGUGUUGCAGCACAGACGUUUUCACACACACACACACACACAGUCACGUACAAGCACAUGUGAAACAAAGUAUACACAUGUGCAUCUGCAUUAACAUCCAAACAAUGGACACUGCAACAACAUAAAUAUGUUUUUCUUGCUCCUUGUUCUUCUUCUCUGUGCAGAAUGAUUCAUGUGCAGAGUUUGUUUUGAAAGUUUCUCUUUGAGAUCAGUUUAACGCGUUAACCUACGAGCAGGAUUUGUGACAUCACAACCAGUCUGGAGCCAAUCGUGGUCCAGUAUGCAGCGGACACAAGUGUGAUGUGGAAGUUUGGAGCCUCCGGAGCAGAAACACUGACACUUUACAGCGAAGGAGGAAACAUCUGGUGUCCAGCUGCAAAACUUUAGAAAUGACAAAUAUUUACAUAUUUGUUGAUUCUGUGUUUUGCAACGAGGGAGAAGGAAUAGAUGUAAUAUGAAGGAUUUUAUUGAGGUAAUAGAACUUGAGUAUUUUUCUAUAUUUUAAAACAUGUCUGAAGGUGAUCGUUAAGAUUUAAUGAUUAUUUCUCAGUUUUCUAAGAUUUUUCUGCAGCUGUCUCACCUCCAUUCACAUUUUUUUAUUUUUAAUAAUAGUGUAAAUCAACAAUACACUCGAAUAUUGACCAUAUUUAGUUUACAUGCUGUCUGGUUUGAAUAUACUUCAUUCACUUUUCCAGAUUGAACACAAUAUAUUGUAAAAACCUGUAAAUCAAUAAAACCAUUUAU